CCAUGGACAUUGAAGCAUAUUUUGAAAGAAUUGGUUAUAAGAACUGUGGGAACAAAUUGGACUUGGAAACAUUAACUGACAUUCUUCAGUGCCAGAUCCGAGCUAUUCCCUUUGAGAACCUGAACAUCCAUUGUGGAGCAUCCAUGGAUAUAGGCUUGGAGGACAUAUUUGAUCAAGUCGUGAAGAGAAGGCGGGGUGGUUGGUGUCUCCAGGUUAAUCACCUUCUCUACUGGGCCUUGACCACAAUGGGUUUUGAGACCACAAUGUUGGGAGGAUAUAUUUAUGUCCCACUCCUUGACAAAUAUUCCAGUCCCAUGAUGCACCUUCUACUGCAGGUGACCAUGAAUGGCAAAAUAUAUAUUGUAGAUGGUGGGUUUAUAUGCUCCUAUCAGAUGUGGGAGCCUCUAGAAUUAAUUUCUGGGAAGGAUCAGCCUCAGGUGCCUGGCAUUUUCCGAUUGACAGAAGAGACGGGAACCUGGUACCUGGACCAAAUCAGAAGAGAGCAAUACAUUCCAAAUAAGGAAUUUGUGAAUUCUGCCCUCCUUGAGAAGAAUCAGUACCGAAAAAUCUACUCCUUUACUCUUGAACCUCGGAAAAUUGAAGAUUUUGAGUAUAUGAAUACACAUUUUCAGAUAUUCCCAUCUGUGCUACGGGACAUAUCAUUUUGUUCCUUGCAGACCCUGGAAGGAGUUUACUGUUUGGUGGGCUUCACCCUCACCUCUAGGAGAUUCAGUUAUAAGGAUAAUGUAGAUUUGGUAGAGUUUAAGGCUCUAAAGGAGGAAGAAAUAGAAGAAGUACUAAAAACUAUAUUUGGUAUUUCUUUGGAGAAAAAACUUGUGCCCAAGCAUGGUAAACAUUGUUUUACUAUUUAG